AUGGCGCGCACGAAGCAGACGGCGCGUAAGUCGACGGGCGGGAAGGCGCCCCGCAAGCAGCUGGCCACCAAGGCGGCCCGCAAGAGCGCGCCGGCCACGGGCGGCGUGAAGAAGCCGCACCGCUACCGGCCCGGCACGGUGGCGCUGCGCGAGAUCCGGCGCUACCAGAAGUCGACGGAGCUGCUGAUCCGCAAGCUGCCCUUCCAGCGCCUGGUGCGCGAGAUCGCGCAGGACUUCAAGACCGACCUGCGCUUCCAGAGCUCGGCCGUGAUGGCGCUGCAGGAGGCGAGCGAGGCCUACCUGGUGGGGCUCUUCGAGGACACCAACCUCUGCGCCAUCCACGCCAAGCGCGUCACCAUCAUGCCCAAGGACAUCCAGCUGGCCCGACGCAUCCGCGGCGAGCGCGCCUGAGGCUCCUGCCCCAGCCCCUCCCCGGUUCCGGCAGGCACCAAGGCAGCCCACACAGACCCAAAGGCUCUUUUAAGAGCCACUACAUGCACAAUAAAAGGAGCUGUUAAUGCU